AGAAUCUGCUCUGUCCCCAGUUAUUUGGAGAAAUCCAUGCCCCAAGCUAGCCCUAUCUCCUGCCCAAAUUAAACAGUAACCACCCAAGUCAGGGAAAGGGCCUUGUAAGAACAGGUUUUCUUCCCAAGAGGUGGCUCAGCCUUGACCAGGUGGGGUGGGGUGGGGUGGGGUGGGGUGGGGAGGGUCACCCCACUCCUGCCUAUAAAGAGUGUCCCGCCGGCCUCGACGGCCACUUGGUCCUGAACACACACAACAUGCUGAGCAUCCACACAGUCCUCGCCGCGCUCCUGGCCUGCGCCUCCAGCUGCGGGGUCCCCACCUUCCUGCCCAACCUAGCGGCCCGGGUGGUGGGAGGAGACAAUGCCCGGCCCCACAGCUGGCCCUGGCAGAUCUCCCUCCAGUACCUCAAGGAUGACACAUGGAGGCACACGUGCGGUGGCAUGAUCGCCAGCAACUUCGUCCUCACGGCCGCCCAUUGCAUCAGCAACUCCCGGACCUACCGCGUGGCCCUGGGGAAGUACAACCUGGCCGUGGACGACGAGGAAGGCUCCCUGUACGUGGGCGUGGACACCUCUUUGGUCCACGAGAAGUGGAACUCCUUCCUGGUGCGCAAUGACAUUGCCCUCAUCAAGCUGGCGGAACCCGUGGAGCUGAGUGACACCAUCCAGGUGGCAUGCCUGCCGGAGGCGGGCACCGUGAUGUCUCAGGACUACCCCUGCUACGUCACUGGCUGGGGACGCCUCUGGACCAACGGCCCCAUCGCCGAGGAGCUGCAGCAGGGCCUGCAGCCCGUGGUGGACCACGCCACGUGCACCCAGAGAGACUGGUGGGGCACCAUGGUGAAGGACACCAUGGUGUGCGCUGGGGGUGACGGCGUCAUCUCGGCCUGCAACGGGGACUCCGGCGGCCCGCUGAACUGCCAGGCGGAGAACGGCUCCUGGGAGGUGCGCGGCAUUGUGAGCUUCGGCUCCGGGCUGGGCUGCAACACCCUCAAGAAGCCCGCCGUCUACACCCGCGUGUCCGCCUACAUCGACUGGAUCAACGAGAAAAUGCAGCUGUGAUUCAUCCGUGGGAGCCGCGGCAGCAAACCCCUGCAGCCACAAUAAACGUCCUGUCCCUCAAGCCGCCUGCAUUCUUGACUCGCGCCACCCCAGCACUUCCCGGGCUUUCUAACCCCCACACCAACUUUCCACUUCAGGAAUACAAAGACAGAGAGACACACACACACACCCCCAGCCAGGCUGGUUAGGCCUUGGAGUCUGCUCCUGGGGGUGCUUGUGAAAGGGGGGGGGUCCCAGGAAGCCACCUUGUGCGUCAAGGGGACAGGAGUUAAGGACACGCC